AUGCCAUGGGAUACUUUCGACUACAGAAACUACUGGGAAGCUGUGCGUAUUUGUGUCAGCAGUCAAUUCAUCAUCGGAGGUCCCUCAUCAGGCAGUUCGCUUGUCGACAUUGAAGACAGGCGUUUGACUCCUGCAGAGAUUCGGUCGCUUCUCGCCAAACUGGGGAUAUCACAUCAUCGACGACAAUUAGAGCGCAGAAUGAGUCGCUUUCUGGAAGUCCUUCAGGCCAGAGAUGAAAGGGUGGCAUAUCCUGGAGCGGAGGCAGACACACUGUUUGCGUGCUCUUCACUGCAUCGACACCAUGAGGCUGGAAACUGUCAGACCUGUCAACCCGAUAGCAUUUGUCGCGCCGCCAUCAAGAGCAGCUGCGAGGAUUUGGGAAGUUACAACAAGGGUAUCGUUCGGCGCACGCGUUCCCAAAAUGGCACUCAACCUGGCCAUAUGGCAGGAGAAAGAAGCUCGUACCGGCCAGCCAUCCACAUAGGCAACAUGGGGUCGGGGGACACGGUGAUGAAAUCCGGUCAUCACCGAGAGAAUGUUGCGCUAAAGUACGACAUUCUCGGAUUUGAGAUGGAGGGCGUGGGAAUCUGGGACUUCUUCCCUAGCCUCGUCAUCAAGGCCGUGUGCGACUAUACCGACAGCUAUAAAAAUAAGAAGUGGUAG